AAAGCGUUAUUAUCACUGUUGUAUUCAGGUAAAGGUUGUAUUUUCUUAUUUAUUCUCUGUACUUUUCAUACCGUCCUCUAUUGUGACUGAAGGUUAACGCUGUACGGAGCUCUUCUGUCCAGAGCAAAUGGCCGUCAGGGAUUAACGUGAACCCGGGUUUAGGGUUUACGAGUUAACGUUAAAGCCGAGGUAGUCAGCAGUAGUUUCGCAACAGGUGGCUCAGGUGUUUUCUGUAUUUUGCUACCUUAAAAAUAGACUGCAAUCAGGUGCGUCCCAGGAGUUCCAUGUCUCGUUGGGCCCCAGCAGUAAAACUCGAGUCCUGCACGAUUACACCUAUGAUACGAUCUCAUGCAGAGAGAGGAGGGGGAAAUGGAAAGCUCCAGCCAAGAGGAGACAGAGAGCACUUUGCAGGAUGGAAGUGUUGAAGCUGCAACCUUCCCACCUGCUGAGGAGGGCUCACUGGAUCAGCAAGGACCAGAACUGGAUGCCUCGACCGCCCAGCCUGAGUCUGACCACAGUGAUGCAGAUGAAUGUUUUGCUGCAGCCUUACAUUCAGUGCACGAAAAUAUUUCUGAAAUGCAGGUCAUCCCUCACCUCUUAGACCUUAAUGGAUCUGAAGACAUGGACGAUCAUAGCCCACUGCCAGAGGAAGAGGAGGAGGAGGAGGAGGAGGAGGAGGAGGAGUUCAUCAUUCUUGACCCUGAGCAUCACCUGGUCAGAAGACAGCAGACUGCCUUGAGCAGUGUGCUGAGGAGGCAGCAGGAGAGGAUCAACCUGGGUCUGAGGGAACAGCAUGCAGAGAGGAAGGUAAAUGACAAUGACACACAGGAGGAAAGUGUUGAGGCUUUCAGGGUUCAGGAGCAGCUUGGCAGACUCCAGACCAGGCUAGAGGACCAUCAUCACACCAAGGCAGAGGCUGAAAGCAAACACCGACAGACACAGGAUGAACUGGGGGUGACAAAGAGCCAGUAUUCCAGGAAUAGCAGUGAGAACAGCAAAGCCAAAGCCAAUGUGUCCCAGCUACAGGCCGAGAUCGACAACCUGAUGCUGCAUCUGGUCUUCACAAAAAAAGCGAGUGAGGAUUUGCGCUCUCAUGUGAAAGCUAUGGAGAAUGCUAGGCACAAAGCGGGAGCUGAGAAGAACCAGGCUGAAGAGCAGAAACUAAAGCAGGAUAUGUAUGUGGAACGUCUGACAAAGGAUAUGGAGAGGCUGAUAGGGAACACAGCAAUGUAUGAGGUCCAGGCUUAUGCUCUAACAGAAGAGACACAGAUGACCAAAGAGGCUCUCUCUGAGGCUGAGAUGGAAAUAGAGUCUCUGGGGAUGGCUCGUAAGCAGCUGCUGCAGCAGUGGAACAGCAGCCUGAUGGGCAUGAGGAGACGGGAGGAAGCAUUCAGUGCAAUGCAGGAGGCCAUGCGUGCUUUCGCACACCAGGUGAUCUUGCUGGACAGAGAGACUGCGGGCUACAAGAAAACCAUCUCUGAAGAGCAGGAGCAAAAUGAAAAACUUACAAUGCAGCUGAACUGGUCUCAGGUGGAUGCUGCCACAUCAAAGAAGCAGAUCAUCCAGAUGCAGACGCAGCAAGAGGCCCUGCAUGCCCACUUCACUACCUGCCUUCGAACCCUGAAGGAGACUGAGCUCACCCUUGCCAGGUUGUCAAAGGAAAGCGGCAUCCGCCAGGUUGAAUCGAACGAUCAGAGGAGGCAGUUGGAAAAAAACAGCACAGUGCGUCUGGAGUUGGAGGACGAGAUAAUGACCUAUAUACAGCAGAAGCUCGUCCAUAACAAAGCUGCCAAACACUACCAAAGACUCACCAGCAAGAUAGCCAUGCUAAAGAAGGAAAAGAUCUCUCAGUUGUGGCAGCUGGAGAACAAUACAGUGACUGUGGAACUCGAGAGCAGCGAGGUCAGCCAACAUCUGGACAGUCUUGUUCUCACCCAGGAGGCCCUAGAUGAAGAGAUCACAAAGAAUAUCCAGAUACUGACAACCAAACAGGCACAGAUUUCUUCGGUUGUCAUCCUCAUUGGGAAGAAGGAGGCCAGCAUAGCUCACUGUAACCAAAAAAUCCAUCAAAUCGCAUCCAGCAGUGGGCAUGAGGACCUCAGUCCUCUUCAAAUCAAGAUAGCCGCAUUGAUGGCUCAGAUUGAGGAGGUUGCAGUGAAUAUAGAGAGUGUCAAGCAGCUCUGGGUGAUACAGAUGGGGAUUCUCAUAGGACAGAUCAACGAGAUAGAAGCCAACAGCAAGGACACACUCAAACUGCAGACCGAGCACACAGGCAUGCAGCAGAAGAAAAUAUGCCUUGAGAGCCAGGUAGAAGUAGAGCAACGUGACGAGAGUGAACUGGAGAAAAAUGCAAGGAUGCUGAGAGGAGACCUGCUGAAGCUCAACACCCUGCUCAGUAAACACGGGCAGCUAAGCAUGGCGUUAGAGCAGGAGAAUAUGCUGAUGGAGACAGACUUUGUGCACAGACUUAAGGAAGCAGAGUGGGAGUCUAUUGAGAUGCAGAUGAGACAAGAGAAGAUCCUGGAAGAAAAAGAGAGACUCCUCAACAGUCUGCUGGAGGCUCAGCGACAGAUUAUGCUGUGGGAGAAGAAGAUCCAGCUUGUCAAAGAGACUCGUUCUGCUGUGGACAUAGAUGUGGGGCAGGAAGACAUCCAGAUUAUGAGCACUGAGAUACACCGUAUGGAGGUGCGACUCAACCAGCUGAUGAAGCAGCAGGAGCGACUGCUUAGAGAGAGUGAAGCAACAGUGGCAAGAAGGGAAACCAUCGUGCUACGCAGGGAGUUCAUGGGCCACAGUUCCAUCAAACAGACUACAAAAGGCGAGCUCACCCACAUCAUUCAGGGCCUGCAGCGCAAGAGCCAGGAUACACACAAGCAUGUGGUCGAGUGUGAGCAGGGGAUCAGGGACUUACAGGAGAGCCAGGUCAGUCUGAUUGACAGGCUUUCGCAGCAGAAGCAGUUGCUGGUAGAUCUCUGCGGCACCAGCUUCGUUCUGGAUUCUGAUUUUGUAAAUCUCCAGGACACCAAAGACAGUUACCUGGCCCGUCUAGUGACUCUUCAGAGUCGCACCAAGAAGCUACAGGGAGCGAGCGAGGGCAACUAUCAAGCCAUAUCCACCAGUGAAUCUAUUGGACUUUCUUUGCAGAGCAAGAUGGAGCGUGUGCACACUGCCAGCACCAUCUUGCAUCGUGUGUGCCAGGAGUUCCCUCAGCACCAGGGGGUGCUUCGCAGUAUACUGCUGGCACUGGCAGAACGCACACCUGCCCUAGAACAGGAGACAUCCUAGGCGUGAGGAGAGGAUGUAGACAUGAUAGUGAGUACAGGAAAAGAAAUACAGAGAGGGAAAUGGGAGGGUAUAUUAGGUGAAGAUAAGGGAGCAUGAUAAGAUAACAGAUGAAUGAAGAAGAAUGUAAUGUCUAAUAUUUUAUUGUUUGCUUAUUGUGCUUUGAUUGUUAAACUGAUUGUGAAACAAUAUAAUAAAAUGAGGAACUAAGGCCCAGAA